AAUUAUCGCGCUUUUGAUUUAAUAAAGUGGUAAUUAAUGAAGUGAAGGGGCUCUCGCAGGUACAACUCGUCUUCUGAGACCCGCCGCUUACUACUUCGCCACUUCCGCAGAAAAUGGAGCUCCUCUCCAGCGGCGUCGCGCUCCAAACGGUGCCGGAGAAGUACAUCUUCCCCGCGCACAAGCGCCCCGCAAAAGAGCUCGUCGACUCCUCCGUCGCACUCCCCGUAAUCGACCUCCGCGGAGGUCGACUUCAGGGCGACGGCCGAGACGAGAUCGUGAGGGAGAUCGUCGACGCGGGCAAGCAAUUCGGCUUCUUCCAGGUGGUGAACCAUGGCGUGCCGGAGCAAUUGAUCGAACACAUGGUGGGCGUCUCGGAGGAGCUCUUCAACAUGCCCGUGGAGGAGAAAGCCAAGUAUUACUCCGACGAUCCGAGCAUAAUUUGCAGGCUUGGGUCGAGCACCCCCUAUGAUCAGAACGGGAUUCGCUACUGGAGAGAUUAUCUGAAGCUCGUUUGCUACCCUGUAGAGGAGUUCAUGCAUCUAUGGCCUCAAAAACCCGACAAAUUCAGGGAGGUGCUCGCGAAGUACAUAGUGGAAGUAAGAGAGUUAGCUGAUAAGCUGUUGAGGUUGAUUGCAGAAGGAUUGGGGCUUGAACAGGACUACUUCAGCGGCGGUUUCAGCGGUGGUCAGACCCAAAUGAACGUGAAUUACUACCCGCCGUGUCCCGACCCGAGCUUGACGCUGGGUUUGCUACCUCAUUGCGAUCGACACCUCAUUACGCUUCUUGUGCAAGGGACUGCGGCUAGGGGUCUACAAGCCAAAUUUGAAGGGAAAUGGAUUCCUGUUGAGCCAAUCCGCAAUGCCUUUGUUGUGAAUUUUGGCCACCAGUUGGAGAUAAUUACGAACGGAGUGUUGAGGAGUGUGGAGCACCGAGCCGUGACGAACACGUCUGUUGCAAGGUUAUCAAUUGCUUCACUGAUCAUGCCUAAGACGGAUUGCUUGAUUGCUCCAGCAAAAUCGCUGAUCAACGAGCAUAACCCGCCAAAAUACAAGUCCUUCACUUUCGAAGAGUUUCUCAGUGCCUACAAUGCCGCAGCGGCUAAUCGGGAGGGCGUGUUGGAGUACUUCAAGAUUGAAGAGUAAUAAUAGAUCAUUGAACACAGAUGCUUAUGUUGUAAUCGAAGAAUAGCCUUGCUUGUGCCAUUAUAUGCUCUGCAAUAGGCUAGUAUGACAAUAAUGCUGUGUUAUAUCAUGUAACUAAGUUAUCAAUGAGUAAAAUUACCUGAUCUCUCUCUCCUAA